ACCUGGGGACUCUGGCCCUGCUGGCAUACACACUCUGGAGUCUCCCUCCCUCUAGUGUGUGUGGUCCGUUCCAGGGCCAGGGCUGGGUGAUGCAGACUGUAGACCGGUGGCUAGCCUCCGUUCAGGCCUCUCAGCCCCACUCUGCCUGGCUGGCCUGGAUCAUCAACGUUAUACUUCACAGUCAAGUCUUAUACUGCCUCCUAACACUCAUAGUACUGGUGGUGAUGUACUUCCUGUGGCAGGUGACUCAGGGUCGUAAACGUCUCAUCAUGUCUCUACGGGAACAGAUCGUCAACGAGGGGAAGGACAAGGCCUUUCUCCUCAAGAGGUUACAGUGUCUACAGAGACAGGGAGCAGGCAGACCUAGACCACAGGUGCACUUCGAGGAGGAGAAACCGACCAGGCCAGAGUCAGGGCAGCUUAGAGAAGAAGCACGCCCUCCUCCCUCCUUCCAACACCCAUCCCCCCCCAUGGAGGCCCCCUCCGUGUUCACGCGGCCUCCCUGGGACAGCUCCCCCAGGCUAGGUAGAGCCCAGCCCCCCAGCCCCCGUGGUGGAGCCAGCCCCAGAGGCAGCCCUGGUCGCCGCCGGACCCCAGCCAGCAGGCAGGCGUGCUGGGUAGAGGAGGAGCGACCAGCCCCUCCCCCUCCAGAUCCACUGUGGCCAGUCAGGGGUAGAGGAUGGCUUCAGGGAAGGCCCCACGGGGGGCCCAGAUUGGAGCCGCUGCCUGCCCGCGAGGUACCCGUCCUGCCUGGGUCGGUGCCUGAGAGCGCCCCCCCUCCCCCACGGAGACCAGGGUCCAGCAGAGCAGAGGUGAACCAGGGACAACAUCAGUCCUAGCUAGACUCAGAGAGAGGAUAGGAGCCCACAUCAACUGUCGGGCUCAGACAUGGUCUGCUUCCAAAAUGCCACCCUAUUCCAUAGGACUCAGGUCAAAUGUAGUGCACUAUGUAGGGAAUAGUGUGCCAUAGAGCUCUGGUCUAAAGUAGUGCACUAUGUAGGGAAUAGGGUGCCAUAGAGCUCUGGUCUAAUGUAGUGCAGUAUGUAGGGAAUAGUGUGCCAUAGAGCUCUGGUCUAAUGUAGUGCACUAUGUAGGGAAUAGUGUGCCAUAGAGCUCUGGUCUAAUGUAGUGCACUAUGUAGGGAAUAGUGUGCCAUAGAGCUCUGGUCUAAUGUAGUGCACUAUGUAGGGAAUAGGGUGCCAUAGAGCUCUGGUCUAAAGUAGUGCACUAUGUAGGGAAUAGGGUGCCAUAGAGCUCUGGUCUAAUGUAGUGCACUAUGUAGGGAAUAGGAUGUUGUCCCAGAAGAAGAUUUAAGUGUUAGUUAGUUGAGAUAAAGGGAGUUGUUAUAUUGUGUGUUGUCUUUUUGAUGAAUAUAACAAAGGUUUAAGUGCUAGUUAGUUAGUUGAUCUUUAUGUUGAGAUGCUGAGUUAUGUUGAUAUGUUGAGUUAUGUUGAGAUGUUGAGUUAUGUUGAGAUGUUGAGUUAUGUUGAGAUGUUGAGUUAUGUUGAGAUGCUGAGUUAUGUUGAGAUGCUGAGUUAUGUUGAGAUGUUGAGUUAUGUUGAGAUGUUGAGUUAUGUUGAGAUGUUGAGUUAUGUUGAGAUGUUGAGUUAUGUUGAGAUGUUGAGUUAUGUUGAGAUGUUGGUAGGGUGUUGAUUCUUUUUGAUAUUCUAAUAUUUUAUAAGUCUUGUUCUGUAUCAGUUGAUUUUGAAUUAAAUUCUUUGUCAUCUGUAAAUAACAUGUUUGAGUCAGUCAGUGGCCGUGUCUGAAAUCUGUCGUGCCUACUACCAGGGUAGUAUUGCUGCU